AUGCCCGAACCAAGAAAGAGGCGGAUGAUUGAGGAGGAAGAGGAGGAAGAGGAAUAUGUCGCCAAGAGAACCCCGAGCAAUGGAACAAAGUCAGCAAAGGAGAAGGCACCCAAGAGAGCAAAGCACAAGGAGGUGGCGGUAGAAGAAAGCCCGGAAGAGCUCGAGGAAGAAGAGGAGGAUGACGAUGAAGUCGGUCGAGAGGAACCUGAGGGCUGGCAUGAUGUCGAGGAUACUCACGAGAAGAAUGCCGAUGAUUUGGAGUGGCUCGAAAAGGCGAACCGUGAUUUUGAGACCUCAAAGACCACCCCCGGCCGCCAUGGUGCCGUUGCAGAGAUGGGUGUCAUUGAAAUGAUUGAAAUGCAUGACUUUAUGUGCCAUCGUCAUCUCAAGGUGCCAUUCGGACCCAAAAUCAACUUCAUUAUCGGACAUAACGGAAGUGGAAAGAGUGCUAUUUUGACCGCUAUCAUGGUCUGCCUUGGAGGAAAAGCAUCCGUCACCAACCGUGGUCACAGUCUUAAGGCCCUUAUUCGUGAGGGUGCCACCCAGACGGACGUUCGGCUGCAGCUUCGGAACAGAGGCAACGACGGAUACAAACCAGAUAUCUACGGAGAGAGUAUCAUUGUUGAGCGCCGCAUUUCUCUGGACGGAGGCUCGAGCUACAAGAUCAAGAACGCCAAGGGCAAGACAAUUUCGACCAAGCGCGAUGAUCUAGCUGCUAUCCUCGACCACAUGAACAUCCAGGUCGACAACCCCAUCAACGUUCUCUCACAGGACUCGGCUCGUCAGUUUCUCCAAUCUUCCACCCCCGCAGACAAGUACAUCUCCUUCAACAAGGGAACUCAGCUCCACCAACUGAGCCAGGACUAUGAGCACAUCCGCGACUGUAUCGACAUGAUGCAGACGACCAUGAAGAAAAAAAACGAGGCUCUUCCUGAACUCCUCCACCUUGCCAAGGAGGCCCAGGCUCGGUUCAAGGACAGUCAGCAGGCGGCGACAUUGGAGCUCAAAGUCGAGGAGAUGAAGAAGGAAAUUGUAUGGGUUCAGAUCGAGGAUUUGGAAGGGAUAGUGACUGAGUUGAGGAAGGAGCUGGAGGGUCACGAGGCCCGAGUUCCUGCCAUCGAAAACAGACGCACAGGAGAGGAGCAAAAGCUGGCCACACUUGACGAGGAAGUUCGCGCUCUUGAGCUGACUGCCAGGGAGCAAACAGACUCGACGGCGCCAUUUCAGGAGGAGAAAAGGGGUUUGGAGUUGAAGAUGCGCGAGAAACGGGAAGAGCUCAAGACGCUGCACGAGGAGGAGAAGACGGUCAAUGAUGAGAUUAAGGUUCUGAAGGAUCGGAUCCGCGGCUACGAACAAACAAUCGAGCAGGAAUUAAAGAAGCUCCAGUCGAAUGGCCAACCACGCAAGGCCGAGAUCGAGAACAACAUCAAGCAGCUUGAGGACGAGAUGGAGGUUGGCAAGCGGAGGUAUGCAGAGACCAAGGAAAACCUCGCUUUGCUGGAGCAGAAACAGGAAGAUCUUAACAAUCGAUCCGAGCAGGCCAACUCCCUUGUGGCUCGAGCGCAGAGGGAGCGGAAGGAUAACAACGAGCGAAUCCAACAACUCAUGAGUCAGAAGCAGAAUUCGCUCAGAGCAUUUGGACAGUAUAUUCCCGAUGUUCUGCGAGAUAUCGACGAGGUGACCAAGCGGAGAGGAUGGAGAGGCGAGCCUCCUACAGGACCCCUCGGUCGUCAUGUCAAGUUGAAGGAGAAGGCCUACAAGGACAUUAUUGAGGCGGUGCUCAGCCCAGUUAUGAACGCUUUCGCUGUGACGCAUGACCAGGACAGAUCUACUCUUCUGAACAUCCUCAGGAGAAACAAAUGUCAAUCGGACAUCAUCCUGACCAGAAAGGUCAUCUUUGACUACAGAGACAAGGAGCCAUCGGACCGGUAUCUCACGAUCAAUAGAGCCCUGGAGUUUGACGAUGAGUGGGUUCGACGCCUGAUGAUUGACAAGAACGCCAUCGAGUCUACCAUUCUAGUCGCGACCCGUCGCGAGGGUGAUGUUGUGACCAGCUCAGGUCCGGGUGGUCGGUUCCCUACCAAUGUUAGUGCAUGUUUUUCGAUGGACAUGUGGCGUGUCGGAGACCGGGCAGGUGGUGCCUCCAGUUCGUCGGUGAACAGAUACCGUGGACCUCCUCGUCUCGCCGUGAACGUGGAGCAGGAAGCGCAGCAAUUGGAGGGCAAUGGCCGACGCCUUGAAGAGACUCUUCGCUAUCGGAUGAAGGAAUUCAACGAACUUGGCAAGGAGGUUGAAACUACGGAUAGGGAGCGCAUCCAGACUAAGAGGCAGUUGGCGAACAUGGAGAAAGAGUUAAAACUCAAGACCAAGGCCAUUGACGAGUUGAAGGUGGGCUUGGAAGAGGACGAGCCUGUCAACAUUCAAAUGUACGAGGAGUCGAAGCAGAAGGAUGUGGAGGAGAUGGAGACCAUGAAGAAGCAGUAUGAGCCUAUUCUUGCCCAGAAGCAAGUCAUCAAGGACAGUAUGAGAGCCCUCCAGCAACAGGUGGUCGAGCUGAACGAGUCCAUCCAGUCCCAGGAAUCCAAGGCGAACAGGCUUCAGGAUGACCUCGAGACUCUCAAUCAAAAGCGUGAAGAAUAUCUCACAAGGAUCCAGCACUGGGAUAAAAAACUGGAUCGGGAACGAGCUAUUAUCGCGCAAAGCGAGAAGGAAUUGCAAGCUAGCAUCCAAAAAUUGGAAGUUUCGACCGAGCAAGCACUGGAAUACUGUGAGCGAGUCGAGGUCACUAAAUCGAAGAAGGAUCUGGAAACGAAGAUCAAAGCGAUGCAGGCGAAACUACUAGCGCAAGAGAAAGCGCGUGGCGCCACUGUGGAGGAGAUUGUCCUUGACAUGCAACGCAAGCAGGACGAGUACAAGACAGCCAGGGACAGCAUUAACCACAUGAACCAAUUUAUCGACCAUCUUAAACCGACUCUGCAUCACAGAAUUUCGCGCUGGCGCGAAUUCCGGAAUCAAAUGUCUCUUCGUUCUGCGAUCAACUUUAGUCUCUUGCUUGCUUUUCGCAAGUAUUCUGGCGAGCUCCAGUUUAAGCACCCGGAGAAGGAACUGACCAUCAAGGUUGAGACGGAUGAUCCAAACUCUGCCCAGGCGGGUGUCUCGAGAGACAAGGAUCCCAAGUCGUUGUCUGGAGGAGAAAAGUCGUUUUCGACCAUCUGUUUCCUUUUGGCCCUCUGGAACUCGAUGGCCAGUACCAUUCGCUGUUUGGACGAGUUUGAUGUGUUCAUGGAUGCUGUGAACCGUCGAAUUAGUAUGAGUAUGCUGAUUGAUGCAGCACGGGAAGCUGACGGAGUGCAGUUCAUUCUGAUUACGCCCCAGGAUGCCAGCAGUGUCAACCCUGGUCCAGAUGUUCGUGUCCAUCGCCUACACGAUCCCGAGCGUAACCAAGGUGUCCUUAUGUAG